AUGUAUUUGUUUGCGAGUAACUGUGAUUGUAUUCUUCUCCGUGCCCAGCUUACUCUUCGACUCGAUGGUAGUGAUGAUGCAAGGUUCGAGGAGAACCGUGAUGAUGAUGAUGUAUUCUUUGCCUCUCAAUUCAACGAACUCGAUCGAGCUAACUCGAGUCGACCAAUUACUCCACGUCACAGUGCUCUUGAGAACUAUGACCUCCAAUCCAGGCAGCAGAGACCACGUCAGAUUCUGCAAGACAAUGCUAUCGAUAAGCGCAGAUGGGACGUUUCUUUUGAGCACCAGUUCAAACAAAUGCCAAGCUGUGGACCACCCCCAACAAUGCAACUGAGGAAUUACCAAUCACCUUAUAUGUUGAGCUACCGUCAUCCACCUCCUCUGGCACCUUCACUACAGCAGAUUUCGCAUUCACCACACUUAUACACCCCUGAAUACAGCUCAAUUUACCAGGACUUUCAACCGCAACCUGAGUGGCACUGGCAGCAGCAGCAGAAUGUUAGCAGACCACUCGUGCAUACUCGACCAUGGCCACAGACCAAUGGAAUUAAUCCCGGAACCUGGAAGGUUAAUCCCCCAGCUCUAACUCCUACCAGUUCGGUACACUAUAGGGCUCCAUCUUCAAAACUGUGGUGGAAUCCGCAAGGCUUUUACAGGCCUAUACGUCAAGAUCCCACUCAUUUAUGGCCAUCGGAAUGCACAGGCAACGCUGCUGAUGCAGCCCCCGGAGUGUUAGUAAAUUUGCGCCACCUUGCCCCUAGAAUGCCAUACGACCACGCUGAGUAG